AUGCCGCCCAGUAAUCCUUUGCCGCCUAAAGAAAAUGCUCUGUUUAAAAGAAUUCUGCGUUGCUACGAGCAUAAACAAUACAAAAAUGGGUUGAAAUUUGCAAAACAAAUAUUGUCCAGCCCCAAAUUUGCUGAACAUGGAGAGACAUUGGCUAUGAAGGGGUUGACUUUAAAUUGCCUUGGGAGAAAGGAAGAAGCAUAUGAAUAUGUCCGUAGGGGUCUUAGAAAUGACUUGAAGUCUCCAGUGUGUUGGCAUGUAUAUGGGUUGCUUCAACGUUCUGACAAAAAGUAUGAUGAGGCAAUUAAAUGCUACCGAAAUGCUCUCAAAUGGGAAAAGGAGAACAUUCAGAUUCUUCGGGAUCUAUCCUUAUUACAAAUUCAAAUGAGAGAUCUGGAGGGAUAUAAGGAUACUCGCUACCAAUUAUUUAUAUUAAGACCAACACAAAGAGCGUCAUGGAUUGGGUUUGCCAUGAGCUACCAUCUGUUGGGUGAAUAUGAAAUGGCUAACAGUAUUCUAGAUGCAUUCAGAACUAAUCAGAUGAAGGGUCCUUAUGAUUAUGAACACUCAGAAUUACUUCUCUAUCAGAAUAUGGUCCUGGCAGAGUCGGGACAAUAUGACAGGGCUCUAUCCCAUUUAUUAAAGUUCCAAACACAAAUACUUGAUAAGUUGGCAAUAAAAGAAACAUGUGGAGAGUAUUAUUUGAAAUUGGAAAGGUUUAAGGAAGCAGAAUCUUUGUAUGAAGGUCUGUUAAAGAGAAAUCCAGAGAAUGUGAUGUAUUACCAGAAGCUUAUAGAAGCCAAACGGCUUACUACCCCUGACCAAAAAGUGGCCUUCUUUGAUCUUUAUAAGACGGACUUCCCGAAAGCAAUAGCACCCCGACGCUUGCAAUUGACUGAGGCUGAGUGUCCGGGUGUCUUCACUCAACUCGUGGAUGAGUACUUAAGGCAUGGCCUGCAUAAGGGAAUCCCUCCACUACAUGUUGACCUUAGAUCAUUAUAUGAGGACCAAAGCAAGGCUGACGCAAUAGAACAAAUAAUACUACAAUACAUAGAGAAUUUGUCUAAGUUAGGCACAUUUAGUAAUGUAGCUGAUGAAGUGAAACAACCAGCGAGUGCAUUGUUAUGGUCUUAUUACUUCGCAGCCCAACAUUUUGACUUUAAAAAGGAUACGGAUAAGGCGUUGUACUAUAUAGAUGCAGCUAUUGAACAUACUCCUACAUUAAUAGAACUGUUUAUAGUUAAAGGAAGGAUAUUCAAGCAUGCUGGUGACCCAGUAUCAGCAUACCAAUGCCUGGAGGAAGCUCAAGCGAUGGACACAGCAGAUCGUUAUGUGAACAGCAAGUGUGCGCGGUAUAUGCUUAGAGCGGGACAUGUGAAGCAAGCUGAAGAUAUGUGCGCCAAAUUUACAAGAGAGGGUGUGCCAGCGACAGAGAAUCUAAAUGAAAUGCAGUGUAUGUGGUUCCAAACGGAGGCUGCAGCGGCAUACCAAAGGCUUCACCAGUGGGGCGAUGCCCUAAAAAAAGCACAUGAAGUCGAUAGACAUUUCUCCGAGAUAAUGGAAGACCAAUUCGACUUCCACUCCUACUGUAUGCGGAAGAUGACGUUACGUUCGUAUGUCGGUCUGCUCCGCCUCGAAGACGUGUUACGAGCGCAUCCGUUCUACUUCAGAUGCGCACGCGUCGCUAUACAAGUGUAUUUGAGACUUCACAGCCAUCCCCUAGAGGACGCGCCGCAGACUUCAGAGCCAGAUACAGAUAACACAGUACUUAGCGCUAACUCUGACUCCAAUGCGUUCUUUUGA